GGCCUGCCCUUAUUUGGGCCUCAGAUCCUCCCUUGUCACGGGAGCAGCUUGGACUAUCUUGGGAAGCACCAAUAGGAAUGCCCCUGGGACCAGGCAGGAGCCAUGAGCACAGGGGGCCCCAGCCCCUUCGUGACUCCUGUCACUCCGGGGAGCCCCAUGGAGGCAGCGGACCCCCUCCCCGUGCUCAUCGCCUUGGCCUGCAUCUUCUUCCUGCUGGCCUCCUGUCUGCUGUUCAUGACCCUUUGCAAGCCGGCAGCGCUGGACCCAAGCCGCCAGGCUCGAGAGUGCAUGCCCCACCACCCGGGGAGCCCUGGUGAGCCCCAGCUCCAGCUCUGGAAGCGCCUGGGCUCCCUGCGCCGCUCCCUGCACAGCUUCCGCCGUGGCUGGCCCGCACCUCGACGCUCCCUGCCGGACCACAAUGACAGCCCUGAUUGGGACUGCACAGAAUCUACCAAGAUGUGACAGGCCAUCCCCACCACCCAGGAGCUACCCUCGGAGUCUUAUCCCUUGGACACAGCCUCGCACCACAGGCUGCAGGAAGACAGUGGCCCAGACAUCCCGUGUGCCCAGGUUCACGGCCUUUCCCAGAGAAGGCCCUGCAUAGUAGUACCUUGCUCUCUGCAGACCCCCUAGCUGCUGCCUGCUGAAAGACUGCUGGACCAAUCGGAGAGAACCUGCAGCCAUCUGGACCCCUGGCCCCAGGCUCUGGAGAGUACAACCAGGGGCUCCCAUGGUUCCUUCCUGGCAACUGGGUACCAACCACCUUCAGGGAGAAGGCUACUCCCAUUCCCAACAGCAGCCACGCCCACCCUCCAGGGCCAAACCUGGCUGGGAUUUCAGUGCGAGUGACCAAAUGGCCAAAGAUUCCCUCCAGCCAAGUGAAAAUGCAGCCCACACCGGGGACAAGGCGCUGUCCUGCCUCCGGGCCAACUCAGGGCCCAAGGCUAAAGGGAACCCAGGGGCUCCUCUCGGACCUCCUGUCUGCGUCUGCCUGGUAAUCCUGGGAGCAGCCAGCACCCUCACGGUGGUCAGAUGCCUGGGUGCCUGCUGAGAGGAGGGUCAAGUGGGGCUCUCCGCACUGACUACCCAGCCGCCGUCCUGACUGUCCCCCUUCAACACAGCACAUUGGGAUGGCUCAGGAAGAGGGGAGAAUGGGUUAGGGAGCUCCCUGCAGAGGCCAGAGUGGCAGGUGGCUCUGCCAGCCCCUGAAGGUGAGGCGAUGUGAGGACUCGUCACAGGGGCUCUGUGCCUCACACAGGGAAGGUGGCAGCCUCCCCUCGGGUUGGAAGGUCCAGGUUUCUGCAGGACAGAUGUGGGACUUCAAACCUGGACCACACUGGGUGUUCCAUCUUUUAGGCGAUCGCUUCAUUGACAGGCUACCUGUCAAAGCAAUCCCACUGAGGGUGGGCUUCUUAGAAUCCCUGACUCUUAACCUCUCCUCACAAAGCCAGGGCUCUAUGCUGUGGUUGGGUCCCACGUCCAGAGAAGAGGCAAAAGGGGUCUGGCCGCUGGCCAGGGUCAUCUGGCCAGGGGGCUGCCCACCCCACCCUGCCAUGACCCCACGGUGCAGCUAGCCAGGUCUUCUCAGAGAGUGAGUUCUAGUUUACGACUCCCCAGCUCCAAAACCAUCCCUGGCUCCCUAAUUCUUGCUGAGUAAAAGCCAGAGCCCCUCAGUCUGGUGUUCAAUGGCUUCUGGGAACUGGCUCUGAACUCUCUCUCUAGCCUUAUCUUGACCCAAGACACCAGGCAAACGGAACUACCUGUCUUCCCCUGGCUGUGCCUCAUGUUUCACAGAGCAGCCCCCAGUGAAGCGCUCUUUGCUCUCCAGCUGAAAGUCCCCUCCCGCUUGGAACCGCCCCUACUCUUCUCACCCCGGGGAGAAAGGACAGGGAUCAUAUCCCUUUGGUGGUAUGGGUCAGCCCUGUCUAUCCAUGUCUUCCCCCUCCUGCAAGCCUGGGAGGCUGUGUCCAGCCCCUCCCUCUGCUCCACCGGCUGGGGCGCAGACCUUGGGGGCUCUGUUCGCUGAGUGAAGGGAGCCCUGGCCUGGUGCGUCCCCACACCCCCAAAGCCUAAGGAAUCUUCUUCUUCCCUCAGAUGCCCCUCCAGAGAAGCUUUCUCCCUGUUGGAAAGCCCCCCUGCCCUCCACCACGUACCCUCCUUCCAUGUCAGUAUGUCAGUGCGUCAAAGGGUGAGGCCUGCUUGGACAGAAACUUACUUUCCGGAGAAUCACUAGUGCCUGCAUUUCUCCCUGAGAGACGGGGAGAACCAGGGCUGCCCGUAUUGCUGGUGGGGUCCAGGAUUUCAGUCUGAGUCAUGCCGUGUGAUAGAAACCACUUCUUUAGAAAGCGGGGCAGGCCCUCUCCCGAUAGGCUCUUACCCCUCCCUUCCCGCGUGUUUACCUCUCCAUGGUCCCCCUCCCCGAGUCCCUAGGCCUCCCUGAGACAUCCCAGGAGGAAUUCCUCCUGUACACAGUCGGCCUCUGGCCGGGCACCCUGCUUGGCCCCCACUGUCCUCCUCCUGGAGAGGAGGUUGGAGUGGGGGGAGUUAGGUUGUCCUGAGCCCUGAAGAAAAGGCUGGGGUUGGGGAGGGGGCUCUCAAAGUCCUGGCCGUACCCCCAGGUGUGUUCCCAGCUGGUCCUGGAAGACCCAUAAGUGAGCCAGGGCUGCAGGUAUCAGGCUGGGGGGAGGAGCUCCCCAAGCGCCCAGGGGUGGAGACCCGCAGGGAGAGGGCCUCCCCCUUCCUCCUGCUGGAACCAGCCCCAGGCCCUUGCAAACCCCAUGUUGUUCUGGACUCUCGGUGCCUCUGGGAAUCAGCACCCUGCUCCCAUCCCACUCCCAGCCUCCCAAGCCCAGAGUCCGCGCCAGCGGACAGGCCCAGAUUUGCUGUGUUUGGCUCAGCCUCCUAGUCGGAAACCCUCGCAGCUGAUGAAGAGAGCAAUUCAUUCCUGGCCUCGCUCCCCACCCAGCAACGAAGGCCCCCAGGCUCGGGGGAGGGCGCCGGGCUCGUUCUCAGGUCCUCGCCAGCCUCCCACUGAGUCUGCUCCCUUUCUUCUGGUGCCUGUUUACUUCCCGAGAGGGGAGUUUCGGCCAAGGGCCCUGUGAAAGCCGCUCUGUUCUGGGCCUUGUUGGACCCUGGCUCUCUCUACUCGUUUCUGGGAAAGUGUGACACCGCCAUCUCCUCCCUGCUCUGAAAGGCUCAUCUGGGUAGGGGACUGGGAGGAGGCUGCGGGGGAAGGGAGAAGAGGGAGGCUGAGGCUGCUUCCUGUGCGUUUGGAGGAGGAGCCAGAGCCCUG